GAAAGCGGCGGCGGCGGCAGCAGCGACGGCGGCCGCCGCCGUGGGGGAAAGCGGCGGGUCGGUGCCGGGAGCGGCAUGGGGCGGCCGCGGGAGGGAGGUCGAUCGUGAGGAGCUGAGCACCCUCCCUCCCUUCCGCUCUGGUCCGAUUCCUUGUAAGUGAAGCUCACUCGCUCUGAGGACCAAACCUCACUGAUGACUGGGAAGCAAAGAGUACCCAGGAAAGCACUUUUACCACGGACUCCAUCUCAGGAGCACGAGGAACUUGUCUUCUAAGUAAAAUCUGUGCCCCUUCUGUGCAGGCCCCAUGUCUGCUGCAAUGGAUACAGAAUCGACAUAUUCGGGAUACUCCCACUACUCAGGUCACUCCAAAAAAGCCCACAGACAAGGGAGUCGGGACAGGCACAAAUCGCCGCGAAGCAAAGAUGGCAGCCGGUCUGAGAAGUCCGUCACCAUCCAGACACCUCCUGCGGAGCCGCUGCUUGGGAACGAUGCCUCUCGGGCAGAGGAGGGCCAGGAUGACAACUGGGGUGAGACCACGACAGCAAUCACAGGCACCUCUGAGCACAGUAUUUCCCAGGAGGACAUUGCUCGGAUCAGUAAGGAUCUGGAGGACAGCGUUGGGUUGGACUGCAAACGUUACCUGGGCUUAACAGUGGCAGCUGUUCUUGGACUCCUUGUCUUCCUUACCCCCAUUGCCUUCAUUCUGUUACCCCAGAUCCUGUGGCGGGAUGAUCUGGAGCCGUGUGGUACUGUCUGUGAGGGGCUGUUCAUCUCUGUGGCAUUUAAACUCCUCAUUCUUCUGAUUGGGACCUGGGCUCUGUUUUUCCGUCAGCCCAAGGCAGACAUACCAAGGGUGUUUGUGUUUCGGGCCCUUCUGUUGGUCCUCAUAUUCCUGUUUGUGUUUUCCUACUGGCUCUUUUACGGCGUUCGCAUCUUGGACUCGAAGGACACCAACUACCAAGGAAUAGUGCAGUACGCCGUGUCUCUGGUGGAUGCUCUGCUCUUCAUUCACUACCUGGCCAUUGUGCUGCUGGAGCUACGGCAGCUGCAGCCCGUGUUCACUGUCAAAGUAGUUCGGUCGACGGACGGAGAGUCACGAUACUACAGCUUGGGGCACUUGAGCAUCCAGAGAGCUGCACUGGUGGUUCUGGAAAAUUACUACAAAGAUUUCACAGUCUACAACCCAGCCUUGUUAACAGCCUCCAAAUCCCGUGCAGCCAAGCACAUGGCUGGCCUGAAAGUCUACAAUGUUGAUGGCCCAGGUAACAACGCGUCGGGGCAGUCCCGUGCCAUGAUCGCAGCCGCGGCCCGUCGCAGGGACUCCAGUCACAACGAGCUCUACUAUGAAGAGGCCGACCACGAGCGCAGAGUGAAAAAACGCCGUGCAAGGCUUGUGGUUGCAGUAGAGGAGGCUUUCACUCACAUCAAACGCCUCCAGGCAGAGGAACAGCAGAAAGCUCCAGGAGAGAUGAUGGACCCCCGUGAAGCAGCCCAGGCAAUCUUCCCCUCCAUGGCGAGAGCUCUGCAGAAAUACCUUCGCACCACCCGCCAGCAACAAUACCACAGCAUGGAGAGCAUCUUGCAACACUUGUCCUUCUGCAUCACCAACAACAUGACACCAAAGGCAUUCCUGGAGCGUUACCUCAACCCAGGCCCAACCCUCCAGUACGACAGGGAUCGCUGGUUCUCCAAGCAGUGGACGCUUGUCAGCGAGGAAGCGGUCACAAGCGGGUUACAAGACGGCGUUGUGUUUGUCCUCAAGUGCUUGGACUUCAGCCUUGUUGUUAAUGUGAAGAAAAUCCCCUUCAUCAAACUCUCAGAAGAGUUCAUAGACCCUAAAUCUCAUAAAUUUGUCCUCCGCUUACAGUCUGAGACUUCAGUCUAAGGGAUUUUGAGGGUGGGUUGUUUGGGGAUUUUUUUUUUUUUUUUUCAAUAUCGUGCUUUCGGAUUUCAUUUCCCCAAUGCUGACUGAAACUGGCAGAUGAUGGACCAGUAAUAUUUGACCAUCUGCACUUUAUUUGGAAAGGGGAGGGGGGAGCUGAGAUAUCUUAUCUAGAAAGAAAUAUCUUAAGAGGCGACAGGGUGACUUGGCUCGGUUAGCUCAGCCUUGGAGACAGAACAGAUUUAUUUUUUUUUUUUUUUUUUUUCUUCCUCCCCCGCCCCUUUCCAGGCAUACUGUAAAUCUCACGCUCGCUCUUUCUCCACACAAUUGCAAGGUCGGUUAUUUUUGUUGGAGCGCUGCCGUGCGCGCGCCUCUGCUUUUGCUACCUGUAGCUGUUGCUGAGAGCGCGUUGCUCACCUCUCCGCUACAGAAACCUGCUUGCACGGGGGCAUGGUAGUCCCUGCUCGCUCAGGGAGGAGAGGGUAUCGAAGGGUGGGUGUGAGAGGGCUGCUCCUGUGAGCCACCUAAUCUGGAGACUGAAGACUUUUUUUCUUUUCCUCCUCUCCAUGUGCCCUCUUCUGUCAGUGCUGGACCUGUAUGAGCAUAGUGGGAAGAUUUUGCGCUCUGUAUCUCUGUGAAGUUGCUUGUCUUGAACUAGAUCACCCCAUCUUGCAGCUAGCUCUUCAAUUUUUUUUUUUAUUAUUUUUUUUUUUUACCAGUGUUUGUUAGGGAAACUUUUCUAUGUGACACAGCUCCCUGUUACCACCCACCUGCUUCCCUUUCUGCUGCUUGCCCGCGUCUUUUUCAGACACUCCCAAGGUUCUGUCCCCUUCUGCCUGGCUUUCCGAAUGUGUUUCUCGAGCCACGGGUCCCCUCGGGCUCUGCCUUACCGCCGCUUCCUUUUGCACCUGCAAGGGCUGCGUAUUUGCACUGGGACAGGGUAGGUAAGUAGCUGGCCUACUCCUCAGAUAAAUCACAGACCCUCCCUGUGUCUGACAGCCUCUUUGAGGGGAAGGGGGGAGCAGGCAGGAAUGUGCCCCUCCCUCUGUAGCCGGCUUCAAGGGCGUCUGGAGGAAAGGCAGGCGCUUCCCUCCUUGAGGAGAGGAGCCAGGGAAGGGCUGACCUCUUCCACCUGCACUUGCUUCAGAGAACUGCUGUGCUUUGGAAACGCAGCCUGUCCUUUCCCACCGUGCGCCUUCAGCUAUAGCUAAGAAAUACCAAACUCUGUCUGAAUGUUGAAAAUCUGCCUGCCUUUCUUAGUCUUUCUGUACUGUGGGAGUUUCUGCUCAGUGCUGGGAUCUGCUCCCAAGAGAUGCAGUUUUGUUUGUAAGGCCGCUUUUGCCCAUCAGUGCAGCUUCCGUGUGCAGCUUUGGCGUCACCUGAGUCCUGUGGGGUUUUGGAAGGUUUUUACAUUUUAACAAUGAGCCUGAAGUGGUGUCUGAAGUCUGAUUGCUGGCACAGGACAUCGUGUGACUCUCGAGCCAGCUCCGAGGCUGGCAGUGACCUGCCUUCAGUCAGGUCCCUUCCAGACUGCCCCCCCUCAGCUCUGUGGCAGUGGAUUUGCAUGUGUGAAUGCAAAUGCUCUGUUCAUUCUGCCCAGUCUUUUGCCAUGCAGAUAUCUCUAUCAGGCAGGAUCUGACCCUGCCCCUCGAUACGUCUUAAUGCAGAGGGCACCAGUUCAACAAGGUACUUAAGCCAGUGCCUUUCUUUGCCAGGGUGCAUCGUCUGAGGGGGGCUGUGACAGCCCCUCCGGAACCUUUGGCCUUCCCCGGGCUCCUUCAGCAGCUCGUGGGGCUGCCUCCAUGCUCCCACCAGCACGAGGUGGCCCAGCUAAGAGUGGGGCUCUGCUAGCCCUUCGUGGCGUGGCUGCUGUGGGCGGGCUGGUGGGAGGGAGUGGCCGUCUUAAGCCAGGCUGCUGGGUUCAGGGCUGGGGGAUACAGCCUCUUCCAGCUUUCAGAGCAUCGAGGCUGCGUGUCCGACAGCACCUGCAGAUAGCCGUCUUGGGAUCAUAAGAGCGCCCUGCUGAGCGAGGGUCCAAAGUGGUGAUUCCCCAUCCAAGUGACACGUGCAGUGUCCUGCACCUUUCUUACAAGCGUGUAGUAGUCACCCGGAUCCUGUCUUCCCCAUGCAGUGUGCCAGACCUGGUUGUGAAGAAACUAGAUGGUGUGGUACGUGACAGGAUCAGGCCCAUAUCCCUUAAAGGAUGAGAAGUAGCUAGAGCUUUCACUUCUCUGAACUUAGUGUUUGGGUUUCUUGCUAUGUCAGGCUUUCUGGUAGUCUGUAUGGGGACUCCAUUAUUGACUGUGGCCUUUGCAGUGUUUUAUUUUGAAAAAAUAAAUUGGUUUAUUACUUUUUUUUAAAAAAAGGGGGAGCAUAUAGUAUUUCACACUUGGCUCUCCUAAAGAUGCGUGUAUCUGACUUUUAUGAUGUGCAUAACCAGCAAGGUGGAAGAGACUGGGAGUAGGUUGGAAGACCAUGGAGCACUUAAACCUGUGUGGUGGCUACUGCCUGUGGCUGAAUUUGGCUCCUUUCUGUGAAGGCAGAACAAGAACAACCUUGCUGGGGGCUUGGGUGUGCUGUGUGCGCGAGAGCACCUUGUCACAGGCACCUCUGCAAAACUUCUUUACUUUCCCAGGAUUUUCUUCCCCUUUUCUUUUCCCUCCCCCCACGGGGGGAGUUGUCUGACAGUAUCUGCUCAGGAAACUCGUGUCUUAAUUGCGUUAAAUCCUUGAACACACGGAGAUCCAGACGGAAGCGGCAUGUGCUCACUCUGGGUCUGCUUCCUCAUCUGUGUGCUGUGGUUCAGCACUGCCUUUUCUGCCUGCUGCCGAAAAGGACACUGCCAGUGGGGGCUGACUCCUACGUUACACGCUUUUCCCUGUGUCAGCAACAUCAGUGUUUUGCCUGAUGAAAUCUGAAGGAGAGGAUUUGGCCUCUCAAACAGUCUCUUUAGAGAUGCAACCAGCUUAAGGGUGAGGACAGACUAAAAGGGGAAUUGGGACUCCUGAGUGUUCCCUGGAGAGUUGUUUUUAUGACUUUUCUUUUUUUUCAGGGUGUCUCUUGUUUCCCCUCUUGGUGCAAAGUCAGGGGACCACUGUCAUACCUACCUCACUGGGCUGUUGUGAGGCUAAGCUCAACUUAUCGUCAAGUGCUUUAAGAUCCACAGAUGGAUCUGUGGCAUCUAUAGGAAUUCAGACUCCUUAUGAAAAUCCUGAGCGGUGAGAGCAGACUGGUUUGUUUAACUCUGUUUAUAGCCAGCUAAUGAGUAAGAAUUGAAUCACAGGGAACGAAGCUCUGAUCCAAAUCCUGCAGUCCUUACUUCUGCAGAGCUUGCCAAGAGCUGAGCAUAAAUAAGGCUUGUAGGGUUUGCCAGCCAAGCACAGGCUGUAUUCCUCCAAAUGCCUCUGCUAUCCUGCACUGUCUCCUUGCACAUAUUCUCCCUCUUCUCUCCCAGCCUGGAUGCUUGUACCUCGAUGGGAAUUGUUGGUUUUUUUUUUUUAAAUUCAGGUGGUUUAUAAGACAACCCUGUUUGUGGUGAAGUAGACAAUGUCACCUUCAGAGGAGAUCCUUGCACUGGACAUCCUUUGCUAAAGGCUGAACCAUUUGAAAGGGUGCUACGUUGCCUAGCCAGGAGUGGUGUUGCCCCACUCCUCUUUUCCACGUUGGCGUUUUUCCUGUGACUCUCAAGUAUGCUGCUUAUACACUUCAAAGGCUUUGUUUUUGCUCUCAGACUUGUUACAGCCUAAAUCCAAACCCAUGCUGAGAUCUUCCAAAACCAGAUGCGGCUAAGGCUUUCAACUGUUCCAGAGCAGAUGGAAAUGGCUGUGGGUUUCCACGAAGGCUGGCUUUCUCUUGCAUGGCUAAAGGGUGAAAAAGUCAGAUUUCUUGCAGCUUCUGGUGGCAUAGGAGUAGAUACUAGACCCUUAAUACCUUGCCAGUCCUGUAACUAGGCCUGGGCAAAGAUUGCUAGCACAUCUGCUUGCCCCUCAUUGCCAUGUGGGCGCAGCCACCCGUGUGUAGGCUCGGUGGGGCUGCCCCAGGUCUCAGAUUCCUUUCCCGCUGACGGGAACAGAGCAGGCAGCACUCUCAGCAGUGUAAUCAUUCUAGCACUCCCCUCUGAAAAACGUACCAGCCCCUGACCAAGACCCUGUGGUCAGCUUGGGGAGGUGGUGGAGGGGGGGCUUCUUGCAACCGCCGGUUUUCACCGUGCGGAGGGGGAGACGUUGCCACCCACAGACGGCUGUGGGUAGCCGGGUAGCUGAGGAGGGAUGUGCCGUGCAUGAAAAGGUGGUGUGGUGCAGCUUGCUCGCAGGCCAGGGUCAGCUCCUGCUUCAGGGGUGGUCCUGAGUGCCUUCAAGAGCAAUCUGCCCUGGAGGGGGAUGUUGGAGAGAAAGGCAGAUCUGAUUUCAGCCAUGGCCAGCAAUUCCUCUGACUUCUGCCUCUCAAAAUUUUCCUGCCAGCAACUUCAGCUACUCCAGCUCCCAUCCUCCCCUCCCAGUGUUUUUCCCCAUGAAGUUCCCUAGUGAAGCAGAACAAGUAUCCACUGGGAUGGGAGGUGCUAGAGUUGCAGUGUGGAGCUCCGGAGCAGCUCACAAUAAGGUCCAAGUUUGGGGGAGAUCUGAACAAAUCCCAACCCUCGUGGAACCUCUUAACCCUUUCCUUUGGGAUGAGGAUCUCCACGCAAAGCCUCGGGAAUCUGCUGUUGCCAAGUGUGCCAGAAACUGCAGGAACCAGUUUCUGAAGCCGACCCUGCAUAAGUAACUUUUAAAAGUCUUGUUUGAGAUGUGCUUGUUUCCAACGCUUGCUGCUGAAGAAACUGGAAAGGUCCAUACCUGACUAAACGUGGAAACCUAUUCAAGCCAAUUUCAUCUUGCUUACCAAAACUUGGAAAUCUGCCCUAUUCAAAGGUAAAACAAAAGUCUUCAGCAAAAAAUGCUGUAGCCUGGACCCAGGCUCAGCUCUUCAGUUGUGCUCAUUUCUGCUCUGCCGUACAAGAGCUGUGUGAGGGGUGUGUGCAGACGUCUGUUUUCUCAUUCAGCUUGUGUGUGUCUAUGUGCUUUUUUUUUCCCUUAUAGGUGUGUGUGUUACACAUGUCUAAAGCCUCAAGCCAGGCUUGAUGGUUCAGUGUUUAAACUGUGUUAAGAAGGAAGCUCUCUUGGGAUUAAGCUGUUCAUUUGGGGUUAGUUUUGGGUUUGUUUUUUUUUUUGUUGUUUUGUUUUGUUUUUUUUAAAAAAAAAAGCAACCCCCCUCCCCUCAAAAAAACCCAGAUUUCUGUUCUCUGAAAGGAGAUGGCUGUGGGCCAUGAAGUCUCCUACAGGAACGUGAAUCCUCCUGCGAUAGAUGAUGACCAAAAGUUGCCGUUCGCGACAGCUGCUCUGUGACCCGGGUGGAUUGCUUUGGGGCGCUCCUGAGCUGGGUCCCCGCCCCGCCAGCGGUACAGCUGGUGUCAGCUGCCCCUCUGCAUCCCUCCAAGAGACUCCGUGGUUUUUAUCCCCGUAAUGUACCAGAGCCUUGCGGGCAGCCAGCCCUGCCCUACAUGUGCCCUGCCCAGAGAGGGAAUCCUUCCCUCUGGCUGCUUCCCAGGCACCUCUCACCAGCUCUACCAUGCUUGGGGGUAUCUCCUGCGUGCACGGGGGGAUGCUGUGGCUCGCUACCUGCACAGAUAUAACUGUGAAGGAAUCUUACACUCUUCUGUGCCUGUUUCUUUGAUUCAGCAUUAUUGUGUCUUGGGGAAGGGGAUGGGAGCGAAUGCCCUUCCCUCACUCUCUUUUGAUCACUGUGUAAUAACCUUUUUCUACACAAACUGUGUAUAGUAAGAUGGGUUUUGCCAAGAUUUUCUAAAUAAUAGACACUAACCAGCAUUUCUUUUUUUUUUUAUUUUGUUUCUUUUUUCCCUUCUUUGCACAUGUGACUUUAACUGCAAUGGUACAUGGUCUUUCUGUUCUUUUCUAAUCGUGAACUUCAGUAAGCAAAUUCCUGGUGUCUGUGACAUUAAUGCACUGUGGGUCUAGCCUAGUAAAUUGUUCUGUUCCAAGCUGGGUUCUCUUAAGUUAUAGCUGGAUGGGGUUUUGUUGUUUUUAAACUGAAACAUAAAACCGUUUUACACUUUGCAUAUUUUGUACAGUAAAAUUCUGGAAAUAAACUGAAACCAGAUUCGAUAGUA